AUGGAUGGAACUUGUUCAGGUUUUGCUUUGCCGGCUGGAAUAGAUAUUCAGAACUGCAAUACAUCUUUCUAUCAAUCCCAUUCCCCCUCUUUGCUGGAAAUUCAUACUAGGAGUUUGAAGAUGGAUGAUUCAGAGGCCGUUAUUGCAACAAACAAAAAGGAUAGCAAUUAUAUACAUGAAGAUAUCAUAACCCAAUAUUUCAAGAACAUCUACCGCAACAAUUUGGUGUCUAAUAACCAUUACGAUUACGAUGCUACAUAUAUCGUCCUAUAUCGUGGUCAUAACUUCAAUUACCAUUGCGAGUUUUAUUUCCUUUCUGGUGAAAGACAUGAGAACAAAGUCAAAUUAGACUGGCCGCCUCCAUUUAAAGAUGAUGAUACUAAUAUUUUUAUUUUGGGUUCUGUUAGUAUUAACGGUAUUCUUUGUCUCACAAAAAGCCAUAUUCGUAAUCGAUUUGUACUGUGGAAUCCAACUACUAAUGAAUUUAAGAGCAUUCAACCCAUCCUUUUUGAGGAUUUAUCAUAUUAUCAGAUCAAUCAUUUUAGUGGAUUUGGAUAUGAUCAUGGUACAAAUGACUACAAAAUGACUAACUUUGUACGUUGUUUGAACAUAGAAGAUGAAGAUAGAUCUUAUAAAACAUAUUGGGAGAUAUAUUCUCUAAGAAGUAAUUGUUGGAGGAAGCUUGAUGUCUAUCUACCAAACUAUUAUUUUAUGCCAAAGCAAGAUAUGAGUGUCUACAUGGAUGGAGUAUAUCAUUGGUGGAUUAUACCUCAUGUUUCAACUCUUAAUGAGUGUUUGCUGUCAUUUGACUUUAGCAAGGAGAAAGUGUUUAUAACAUCUAGACCUUCCUACUUUGAUGCUUGUUUGCACAAGUUUCAAGAGAGACAUUUGACGAUUUUAAACGGGUCCAUUGCAUUCAUAUCAACUUAUAUAGGUGCGGCUCAAUUUUGCAUAUCAAUUUUGGGUGAAGUUAGUGUGAAAGAAUCUUGGACCAAACUCUGCGUUGUUGAGUCCUUACAUUCACUUCAAUACCCCAUUGGAGUUGGGAAGAGUAAUAUAGUCUUCUUUUGUUGGGAAAAAUAG